UGAAAGCUUGUUGUCAAAAUAUGGAGCAAGAAGAACAAGAAACCCCAACACCAAGAUCACCAAGAACGCCGAGGGCAUCAUCAACAACAUAUAGUUUGGUGCUUGCAAUCAUGAGCAAAAGGAGAACAUGGGUAUGUCUUUUUGUUAUUGUAUAUGCAAUCUUGUUAUCAUCCUCAUGGAACUGGCUUAAAACCAUACUUUCUUGGUACAAACAACAAGAAUCUCAAUCUAGCUCUGCAUCCGGGUGGCCUGCUUUGUAUGCGUCUGUGCUUCUUGGCGCAGUCUUCGGACUUCUUUCAAUGGUUGCAGCUCUUGCUGUGGCUGUGCCUGCCACUUUGGUUAUAUGGAUCACGGUUGUGGUUAUGUUAACUUUCUUCGGGAAGCCAAGGAGGGUUUUGGUUGUCGAAGGAAGAAAGAUUACAAAAGAGAUUAUAGGGUUUGUGUUCAAGACUUUGUUGAAAGAAGGGAAUGCUGUGGCUGCUGUUUGUGCUGUUUUGGGAUACUUUGUUAUUUUCAGAAGGAAUAGUGAGGUUGAUUAAGUGAGUCUUGCUAAUGGGUUCUUUGGAAAGUGGAUGUUUUUUUUUUCUUCUUGUUUCUUGGUUUUAGAAGAUAGGGAUGUGAAGAAAUGGGAAAGCUUAAUUGUAAUGGCUCUACUUUUUUCCUAAUUUUAUUGUAUUUUAUUUAUAAUUAAUGUGAUUAUUAAUCUACUGAUCUCCAUCUUAACAAGA